ACAUUGCCAUUUUCGAAUCGUACAUAGGAGAAGUUUAUAUUCGUUUCGCUUGAUCAUUGGAAGAUAAAAGUUUGUUUGGCAAAUUUUACCGUUCUCCCAUUUUCGUCACAACCAUGUCCAAGUAAUCCAGUCAGUGGAAACAGCCGUACGAUGAAUCUGCAAGCUCUGUUCCAGGACUUUAAUCCGAGCAAAUUUGUGGUGCACUGCUGUUUGUUUACAUUCACGGUUUUGUUCAGUCUUCGAUUGGACGAUUACAUAGAUUGGCCAUACUGGGUAAUAUUUGUACCGCUGUGGUUAUGGAAAUCUGUGGCCACCCUGGGGGCGAUCGUAGGUGCAGUAGUAUGGUGUCGCUACCCACAUUAUAGGGUCGAAGGAGACUCUUAUUCACAUUUCAAAGCGAUGCUAAUAUCGCUUUCACUUCAUUUGAUUCUACUAAUGUUCGAGCUAUUGGCCUGUGAUAGGUUAACAUCCGGACGGCAUCUUUGGGUUCUGGUGUUUAUUCCUUUGAUUUUUGGUAGCGUUGCUAGCGUCGGUGCUUGCGUAUGGGCUGUUAAGCACGAUCGUUCAUUUGAGUUGGAGCUCUUCUGUGCAGUGAAUGCGCUUCAGUUUGUGUUCCUGCCUCUCAAACUGGAUGGAUUCGUUUCCUGGAGUUGGGAAGUGGUGUUCGUUCCACUGUGGAUUGUUCUUUGCCUAAGCUUGGUGGCGGUGCUGUACAGUAUAAUUUUCUGUGGCAUCCUGCUGAGAACGCCCGAGGUUUCGUCGCAGCAAAAGAAAUCCGCCAUCAAUUCAGCAAUCGGCAAUUGUGCUACUGUGCUUCCAAUCCUUGUGUUUCAGGUGUUGCUGGCAGACAAGCUGGACGAAGAUUUGGAUUGGCCUUUUAUUGCCGUUUGUGGGCCACUGUUGGUAGCACUGUUUGUUCUUAUUUUGUUGAGUUUCAACGCCAAAGGUGGCAACAAAUGGUGGUUUGGCAUAAGAAAAAGCUUUUGUCAGUUUCUGCUGGGUGUUUUACCUUGCCUACAGGAAUACGGAAACAUAUCAUAUCACACAGAAAGUGGGGGUCAAAACGUUCCCCUAGAUACCACUGUGCAGUUGGAAGAGUUUGAAAAGUACGGCAGCAAAAAGGGUAAGAAGGCUUUAAGUAAGAAAAGUGACCACCUCAAACCGGUUGUGCCGAUUAUCAGUAUCGAUCUACCAGAUUAAUAAGGUCAAAUUACUCAAAACGAGCUCUUAGGAUUUUAUUUAAUUAAAAACCACUACUACAAUUUUAGCGCAAAUUAAUAGGUCAGUAAUUUAAUAGGAAUUUACUGCAUUAUCAUUAGGUACGACCGUAUGACAUCGGGAGCUUAAUAAAUGGCGUUUAGAUACGAUCAACUGUUCAGCUAGCUGAACAUUGAACUACAAGUUUACAGAAGGCAUGUAACUGCUUAAAAUUGUGAUUGAUAAUAACUUCUUCAUUUCAAACAAAUGAAACUCGCCAUAUUACUAAAUAUUUUUUAUCUGAACAAAAAAAAAAUCUGCGCUAUAUUAUUCAUUUCAAAUAUUUUACUGAUUAACCCUUUCUAGUAACUGCUAUUACGAUAUGGUAGUGUAGGCUAUUUGAUAAUUCUAUUUAUUUGUUCUCUUAGAUCAGUUGAACUAAAAAAGCAAAACAUCGGCGAAUUGCAACAUUUGAUAAUACAUACAACAAAUUUGUGGUCACUUUCGUAAUAGGAUUUAUUGAAUAGGACUCAAUUCGUCGCUGUAUAAAAUGACAAUACGCAGUACAUACAGUGCAGUUUUUAUAUGAACUGAAACCAAUGUAUCGACACAUGUAUUAGUAUUAGGCUUGGCCGUUUUGAAUGGCGGGAUGAUGUUAUAAAACAUACGAAGCAUGCCGCUAAAUGUGAUGGGAAAAGCGGUGUGUAAAUAAACAUAUUCCUAUG